GUUCAGAGCCUAUGUUACCAUAGUUACUUACAUAGCCUGAUUAUUUUUGAGCGUUCUGGAACUAAAAUCCCAGGUUUACCGCUAACUCUGGGUUAACAUACCAGUAAACAAACAGUAAACCUGCUUUCUGGAACAGCCUACCCCCCGGGCAGCAUCUGUGGGUGGGCGGUUGCCCAGGGUGUCAUAGGCUACAAGUUAGGACCAUGAAUCUGGACACGGUGGUAUGUGAAAGGCGUGCCAAUGAUGUUUUUUUUCGUCUGCACUUUAAGCAUUAAAAGGAUUUUUCAACUGAAAAUAACAUUGGACAAGGGCAGUGGGCCUGCAUAUCUUGUUGGAGAGCGUGUAGCAGCUGCUAAAGUAGGCUGACAAUGGCUAAAGUGGAAAUUGCAAGUUCUGAAACAAAGUUGUUGGGUUUACCAGAUAUCCGCAUGAUAUUAACCAUAUGAGAAUGACUUUGAAUGAGCUUGCAAUUUCUAUUAAUUUCCCCCAUAUUACGCUUGGUCGUGGUGCCAUCAGGAGGAUACCUUUAAAGGAUGAAAAUGCCUUUGUGAGCAUCGUCAAGCCAACCCAGAUGGACCUUGAGGUGGCACUAAAUGAGAGUUUUUUGGCGCUGAAUCUCUUUCUGAACAACAAGUUUUUAGAGGCGCUUGAUAUUCUCAGACCAUGGUAUGUGGACACCAUACAAGUAGAACAUGAUUCUUAUACUUACUCAAUUCUCCAACCCAAUUCAGUCACCAUGAGGAAUGACAGCAUGUAUCAUGCAAUGGGAUAUAGCAGCAUCCUGGCUAUGCAGGCUGGGAUGACCUUUGAACCAAAGGAUAUGGAGAUGGCUGUUGCAGCACUUCAGGACGCCCUUGUCACAUGCCAAAGGUUCAGAAGAAGGAUGACUUUUCUAAAGGCUAUUUCAAACAUGGUCUCCGGACAGGUCCCACAGCAGAUGACCGAAGAAGAGAUGCAUGCUGAACUGUGCUAUGCUGAGGUUCUACUCCAAAGAGCUGCAUUAACCUUUUUAGAGGAUGAGAGUUUGAUUGGCUUCAUUAAAGGAGGAGUGAAAAUUCGAACGAGCUAUCAGAUAUUCAAACAAUGUCAGGAAGUGUUAAACCAGUCCCAGAACCUGGAUGAAGAAAGUAACACUUUCAAGAAUUUUGCUGGUGGAGUCAACAUGGGCAUAGGCUCUUUUAACUUGAUGCUGUCCCUUUUUCCUGCCAGAGUCCUUAGAUUACUGGAAUUCCUGGGCUUUGCUGGUGAUAGAGAAGUGGGGCUAUCUCAGCUACACCAAGGUGCAGCCAGCAAUACCCUACGCUCCAUCCUUAGCACGCUCACUCUUCUCAUGUUUCACACCUACAUCUCAGUCAUACUGGGGACUGGUGAGUGUAAUCUUGCUGAGGCUGAAACCCUGCUGGUGCCAUAUGUUGAAAAGUUUCCCAAUGGUGCGCUCAUGCUUUUCUACACUGCCAGAAUUGCAGUGCUAAAAGGGAACUUUGAAUUGGCCCAGCAGAAGCUUCUGGAGUGCAUUGCUGCCCAACAGGAAUGGCACCAAGUCCACCACUUGUGUUACUGGGAGCUGAUGUGGUCCUAUUCAUACCAACAGAACUGGUUGGAGGCCUAUCGCUAUGCAGACUUACUCUGUAAAGAGAGCAAGUGGUCCCAGGCCAUCUACGUGUUUCAGAAAGCCUCCAUUCUGAGCAUGAUGCCACAGGAGGAAGUGAGUAAAACUGGAGAGAAGGUUGAGGACCUGUUCAGACAAGUGGACAGCCUGAGACUGAAAUUUGCCGGGAAGUCUGUCCCUACUGAGAAGUUUGCAGCACGGAAAGCAAUACGCUACAGAGAUCCUAAGCCAACUAAAUUGGUCAUCCCCGCUCUGGAAAUGAUGUACGUGUGGAAUGGCUUUACUAUUGUGGGCAAGAGGCCUGAACUAACAGAGAGCAUCCUCAGCACCAUAAAGAAAGCAGAGGAGCAACUGACCAGUGACCCAAAGCCAUCAGAGUACCUUGCUGAUGACCAGUGUGUGGUGCAGAUGCUGAAGGGCCUGUGUCUGAGGCAUCUCGGCCGCCUGCCUGAGGCCGAGAGCUGUUUCACUCACAUCAUCUCAAAUGAGAAGAAUAUUAAAUAUGAUGACUAUCUGGUGCCAUUCACCAUGUAUGAAUUGGGCCUCCUCUACAACCAGCAAGGAGACACUAAGAAAGCCAUGACAUACAUUGAAAAUGCCAAGCUGAACUACAAGGAUUACUCAAUGGAAUCAAGGCUGCACUUCCGCUGUCAUGCAGCACUUGCUAAUAUGGGCCAUGCUGUGGAAGGUGCCAUCCAGCAGUAGAAUGUGAGCCUACCUGUACAAUCCCAGUGUGCCCUUAAUAGGUCCUAUGAUUAAUAUGCUCCUAUAUUUACAGCACAGUGCACAUUAAUUAAACAGAAAUUCCAUUUGA